GUUAUUCUAAAAAACAUAUAUUUUAUAGAUCUUUCUCCCCUUUUUUUUUUCUUACCUGUAGCGUGUCGUUAGCGCUAGUGCGUUCCCGACUUUUCCAAUCGAAUAUCUUAUAUCUUAUAGUUAAUUCCUUAUCGACGAGUCGUAGUCGGUGCAACAGUGUUAUCAGCAUUAGUGCAACUUGUUCAACGUUCAACACGAUAAAGAAACAGUUAGAGGAAGAUUAUGCAACAGUUAAUAUUGGAUAUUGGUAGGAAAAAACUGUGUUAGAUAACGGUUCCAUCGUUCAUAUAUUCGUGCGAGAGGCUCUUUUGACGGCAGUCGCCGCGUCAUCUUGCUAUCUGGAGACGUGGGUCACCUGAGACACGAUGGAGCAUAUCAUAUGUUACAUACAAAUCAUAAUACUGACUAUCCUCCCUAUUUGGAUAUAUCUCUGGUUCGACAAACGCAAAAUACAUCAGCUCUCGCUCUAUCUAGGUCUAGAUAUACAGUUUUCUCUGAAACUAUGGUGGGCACUCUGGUGCAUUUCUAAAGAGAAAAAGACCAAAAGUAAAUUUACCGAUGGCGAGAUAACAUCCAAUUUGAAGGAGAUAUUUAAGCCAUGCCCGGAUAAUCCGCGAAUUAUCAUGGACGAGAAUAGUUGCGACAGUGUACUUUUCUACGGCGCGGAUCAGCAAGGUAAUUCGUUAUUUGUCAAAAUGAAUCAUAGAGGAUAUCGCAUAACGGAGUCAGCCUUGCAAGUGACCUUGUCGGAUGGCCGAGUCUACGUGUUACCCGAUUAUCCCCAUACAGUUGUGAUGGACGGUACUGGCCAGAAAUGGUCGGCGUCGGGUCUAAAAAUUGAGUUAUUGGAACCACGAAGACGUUGGAGAAUUACUUACAACGGUCUCCUCCGUAAUCAAUGUUUCGACGAUGCGCUUAGCGACGACAACGUGGAACACAUUCGUUUAAAUUUCAUAUUUAUCGGAAAUUCUUCGUUCGAAUGGCCGGGCGACUGGAGUACUCGUUUGCACGCGGCCGCUUUAGCGCACGAGCCGUGGAAAGGCCCCGAUUGGAUGCACAAAAUCAAACUACUAGACUACACGGGUUUCGAUCAAUGGGGCUCUGCUAUCGGACAAGUCACGUUCAAAGACUCCACAGCGAGUGCAUUGUAUUUACGUGGGUUUUGUCAACGACGUUGGGGCAAACACGAAUUUGAUCAAUUCCAUCGAACCGUCACGUUUCUCGGUGUAGCGGCAUCAGGAGCGAUGUACUGCCUUGGUGUGAGCAGAAGCAAAAAUAGUUUUUCACACAUGAGGUUCGGUCAUGUGAACAAUACCAACGAGACGCAGUCUAAAGUCGAUUGGACGGAUCUGACAAUGGAGGACUUUGAGAAGCAAGGAGACUACGUUCCCGCAAACUACAGGAUUAAAUUUCGAGCGAAUGCUGUCGAGUACGAUGCCGUUAUCAAUCACACGGGGAGCGAGGCGAUCAAUUAUUACAACGGGCAACCGUGGCGUUGGGCAGUCUCAAUUCGUAAUUUACAUAUAAAACUGAACGGCAGCAAAGGUGCCGGGCUGAUGAUCGUGUGUUAUCCGCACCGAACCGGACCGAACGAAAUGAAAGUACCGACCGCGAGAAUUCAGCACUUGAAACGACCAGAGACGUUGAUGCACAGGGACAAUUUCGUUCUACACUUUGCUGAUAAGCAAUGUCAGAAUGAGAGCGUCGUCGGAGGAAAGGGAUGUUCACUUGCAAUUUUAACGUCCAUCAAAACCGAUGAUUUCGUGAUACCCCGAGGCUUUUGCGUAACGAACUUUGCUCUGGAACGGCAACUGGAGCAUGACAAACAGUUGCGGGACAUGAUCACCGAUAUAGUAGACGUCGGUUGCACAAUCGGUCGCAACAAGAAGGAGGAGGAUCUCAAGAAUUGUUGCGAGAAAACCGUCUCCGUCGUGCAAAACACUCCCGUGGAAGAGCACGUGAAGCAAGCCAUACUGGACGCUUUGAAGAAGUUGGAGUCGUAUGACGAGAUGAAUGGGGGUGAAACAAACACGGCAAACAAUCGAUACGCCGUGAGGUCCAGCGCUAUCGGGGAAGACAGCGAGGAAACCUCAGCCGCUGGUCAGAAUUCGACGUAUCUGGGCGUACAUACCGCCGACGGCGUUAUUGAGAGUGUCGCCAAAUGUUGGGCCAGUCUAUAUUCGUAUCAGAGCGUCGAGUAUAGACGGCAAAAUGGACUGCCGUUGAAAGCGUGUAUGGGCGUUUGCGUUCAGAAGAUGGUCAACGCGGAAGCGGCCGGUGUUAUGUUCACCAGACAUCCCACGACGGGAGAUCCGUCCAGCAUUAUUAUUACAGCCAACUACGGUCUGGGAGAGACAGUGGUAUCAGGGACAGUCGAGCCCGACACCUUGACGAUUCGCAGAAAGUGGGACAACACUCUGGCUGUAAGCGCCACGGUGCUAGGUAGUAAAGAGCACAAGAUAUCAUUAAGCGACGAUGGCGUGAUGAUGAAUAAUCUCAGUGAAGGGGAAACUCGGAAAAUUUCAAUAUCCGACGCAAUCGCUCUGCGUGUCGCUGAGAUAGGUUUGCAUCUAGAAUCUUUCUUUGGAUCCGCUCGAGAUGUGGAAUGGGCGGUUGUCGAUGAGCAGAUUUAUCUGCUACAAGCGCGACCCAUCACCACCAUCAACGCUUGGACAGAUUUUGAGCUCACGCAUGAACUAGAUUCGGGUGUGCCUGCUGACGUCGACCUCAUGACUUUCGCCAACGUUGGCGAAGUAUUGCCGCGUCCUGUCUGCCCCUUGUCAAUUACUACCAUUUUAAGAGUUUUGAAUAUGUCGGUUGGCUUGAAGAGUUUUGGUUACAACUGCAAUUACCUCCAUAUGGUCGGUAUGAGAUGCGCCAUGAAUUACUGCAUCACGUCUCUGCGGAAUAUUGGUAAGAAGAUUACGAAGUUAAAUAAAAUGGCAGACAUAGCCGUUUGCGGACAGGUAGUAACAACUCCUGAAGUACACAUGACUGCUGUGAGGAAACUCGGCGUCGCGGGUAUAAAGCAGGUGGUGCACGAAAUUAUCAACAUGUUCAAAUGGGCAUGGAUAAACGAGCGGAUUGUGAAAGAAGCUACCAAAGUAUAUCACAAAUACGAAUUGAAUGCAAAUGAAUUUCAGACAGCUCACGAGUUAUACAAUGUUAUUAACAAAAAAUACGCAGAGAUUUUUUUGCUAGGAAUGUAUCAUACCCACACGUCGAGAGUAAGCGUCUGCUAUCAGAUGUUGGCAAUGUCGCUUCUGACAGCAAAGAGCAACGACAUCACGCCUGAACACAUCGCGGAUAUUGCUGUUCUUCUCAGUUCCUGCACCAACGUUAUCGGUACCGAAGUGCCGAUAGCUCUCAGUAAAAUAGCAGUAUGCAUCCGGAGAUGCGGCAAGGCGAAGGACUUUGUCAAAGUCGAACCAGCGAAUGCUACAGACUGGUUAAAGUCUAAUUGUCCUGCAGCAGCGGAAGAGCUGCUAGCCUUUUACGAUAUGCACGGCCAUAGAUGUGUUCAAGAAAUGGACUUUAUCUCAGAACCAUGGAUACUUGAGCCUGAUACCAUCAUCAGCACGAUACAAUCACUGGUGACGUCCAUCGAAGAGAAUUAUGUAUGCAAAACGCUCAGCGUUCAAGAAACCAUAGCGUCUUUGAAAACACCCAUGCCAUCGGUCACCAAGUGGUUUUUACAAAAGGUGAUACCUCUUUCGCGUAAAGCAGUUACCCGCAGAGAAAUGACGAAGAACUUUGCGGUGUUCGCCAUACAUAAAAUGAGAAUGGCUUAUAGACGACUCGGUAUUCUGAUGGUGAAGGAAAAUUACAUACCCGAUGAAAAUCUCAUAUUUUUCCUGACAAAUUAUGAGAUUGCGCGACUCUUGAAUAGCCAUCAUAAUCCGUUAAUCGUACGAAAGGCAUUACGUAGGAGGAAAAUUUAUCACCAAGCAUCGAAGGUGGAAUAUCCUGAAUUUUGCACCGGUAUGCCCAUGCCGAUACAGCAGACAUUUGACAUCGCAUUGUACAAAAAUAGCACUAAAGUCGAAGGUACUGCUGUUUGCGGCGGUUCUAUAAUGGCCAGAGCGUGUGUAAUAACGGAUCUAUCCGAGGCGAAAAGUAUACAGCACGGGGACAUUCUCAUCACACACUGCACUGACAUCGGCUGGAGCCCAUACUUUCCGCUAUUAGGCGGUAUCGUAACGGAAUUGGGCGGUCUUAUAAGUCACGGUGCUGUUGUGGCGCGAGAAUACGGUCUUCCUUGCAUCGUUGGAGCCAAACACGCGACGCAAGUUUUUCAAACGGGUGACACUGUCUUGUUAGCUGCAGACGUUGGUACGUUGCAAUUGAUCGAGAAGACUCAACAUGCGUAAUGUCCGCUCCUCUUUUUCUCGCCUAACUCCGCGCCCCCCUUCCCCCCUCCAACAACUGUUACUAUAUAUUACGGUCGUAUAUAUAU